AUGGCCACCGACAGCUCUCAAACCGAGACUAAGCAGCAGGGCAUUAUCGAAACCGCUCAAGCUGCUGCAUCAGAUCCCCAGUCUAAAAUCCAACCGGAACUGAUUGAAAAAAAGCUUGUCGAAGAAAGCCGCAAGGCCGGUGCGGUAGCAUAUCAGUUUGAUCCGAACGCGUCUCCGGAAGAGAAAGCACAAGCUGCGAAUGCCAUCCUUCCUCCAGGUUUCCACAAUCCAAACAAACAAAAGGGAUUAGCAUUGGUAUCAGAUAAUGAUUUAACGGGACCCCCUCAAUAUGAUCUUCCAUCAACAAAUCAAGCCUCAGCGGAGGUCAAACAAGCGCCGACCUUGAACGGAGCCGAGAAGCGAUCAGCACAAAAUGGCCAACUGACAGAAGACCAACGCUGGGCUCGUGAUCGUACGGGAUGGGCGCCACAAUUUGCGAAGCCGGACGAAAAACGAGAGGAGGGUGAGACAUUGUUAGAUCACCGCACCUUUUUAGAAGAAAAGCUCAGCGAUAAGUUCUACGGAGACUGGUAUCACAACGCCGCCGUUAUUGUUUUCGCCUGUCUCUCGUCGUGGAUCAUUGCAGUGCUCGGGGGAGGCCUAGGCUGGGUUUUCCUAGUAAUGGCGGCAUGCGGCACUUACUACCGAACAUCUAUCCGUCGCGUUCGCCGCAACUUCCGUGACGAUGUCCAUCGCGAAAUGGCUAAACAGCGUUUGGAAACAGACUCAGAGAGCUUGGAAUGGAUCAACGGUUUCUUGCUCAAAUUCUGGCCCAUUUACGCUCCCGUGCUUUGCGAUACCAUCAUCAACUCUGUUGACCAGGUCCUGAGUACCUCAACUCCGGCCUUCCUCGAUAGUCUCCGCAUGAAGACUUUUGUCCUCGGAACGAAACCACCACGUCUCGAGCAUGUCAAAACUUACCCCAAAACUGAGGUCGACACCGUUAUCAUGGACUGGAAAUUCAGUUUCACGCCGAAUGACACCAUGGAUAUGACUGCACGCGAACUCAAGGAUAAAAUAAAUCCCAAGGUAGUCCUAGAGGUUCGAGUUGGCAAGGGUGUGGUCAGCCAUGGCCUCGAUGUGAUUGUAGAAGAUUUUGCUUUUUCGGGCUUGAUGAGAGUCAAGAUGAAAUUGCAGAUUCCUUUCCCUCAUAUCGAACGUGUUGAUAUCAGUUUUAUGGAGCGCCCUGAGAUUGACUACGUCUGCAAACCUCUUGGUGGUGAUCAUCUUGGAUUUGAUAUUAACUUCAUUCCCGGUCUGGAAGGAUUCAUCAAGGAGCAGAUCCAUGGAAAUCUUGGGCCUAUGAUGUAUGAACCCAAUGUAUUCCCCAUCGAAAUUGCAAAGAUGCUUGCAGGGAACCCCGUGGAUCAGGCAAUUGGUGUUCUUGCUGUUACUCUUCACGGCGCUGCCAAUUUGAAGGGGUCUGGCCGAAUCGGCAACACAGUCGAUCCAUACUGUUCCAUCUCUAUCAACAAUCGGAACGAACUGGCGCGCACGAAAACGAUUCGAGACACAACUGAACCACGUUGGAAUGAGACUCAUUACAUCAUUAUCACCUCGUUUACUGAUUCUUUGACGGUGGGCGUCUUCGAUUAUAAUGAUGUCCGCAAGGACCAAGAGUUAGGCAUCGCUACAUUCCCACUUGAUAAGCUUGAAUCGGAGUCUGAACAUGAGGGUUUAGCCUUGGAUAUCUCCUACAGUGGUAGAAGUCGUGGCGUUCUGAGAGCUGACGUCCGAUUCUUUCCUGUCUUGGAGGGCAGAAGGCUUGAAGAUGGUACAGAGGAGCCGGCACCCGAAUUGAACACUGGUGUGGCACGAUUUACUGUUGAACAAGCAAAAGAACUGGACGGAAGCAAGAGUCUGGUUGGCUCUCUCAAUCCUUAUGCGGUUUUAAUAUUGAAUGGUAAGGAAGUGCAUGUGACUAAAAAGUUGAAGCGUACCAACAACCCCAUUUUCCAAAACUCGUCCAAGGAAUUACUUAUUACGGACCGGAAGCAUGCCAAACUGGGCCUUCUCAUCAAGGACGAUCGAGACCUGGCGACUGAUCCGGUUAUUGGUAAAUAUCAAAUCAAACUAAAUGAUAUGCUGAAAAUGAUGGACAAGGGUCAGGAGUGGUAUCAGCUUCAUGGCGCCAAGUCAGGUCGUGUUAAAAUGAUGCUUGAUUGGAAGCCCGUCGCUUUGCGUGGUAUUGUUGGUGGUGCGGGCUAUGUGCCGCCUAUCGGUGUGGCGCGUAUCCAUUUCAAAAGCGCCAAGGACCUGCGAAAUGUCGAGACUAUGGGCAAGUCCGAUCCGUAUGCUCGUGUGCUGCUUAACGGUAUCCCGAGCGGUCGCACGGUCACUUACAAAAAUAACCUCAAUCCCGACUGGGAUGAGAUCGUCUACGUUCCGGUCCACAAUGUGCGCGAGAAGUUGACGCUGGAGGUUAUGGACGAAGAAAGCCUCUCGAAGGACCGUAGCCUUGGUGAAGUCGAAGUUUCCUUGUCGGAUUACAUUCACGAAGACGAAAAUGGCGAAUAUGAAGUCGACGAGGAAAAACAAGACAUCCAGAGUGGUCUUCGCAUGAACGGACGCGGUACUGCCAAGGGCUUCCUCAACUACAACAUAGCUUUCUAUCCAGCCUUGAAUGUCUACGAUCCCGAGGAGGAUGCUGAAGAGGAGGAAGAAGAAGAAGAGCUCUCUGGUCUUCCGUCCCGAGGUCAUUCCAAGCAAAACAGUGUUGACUCAACGCGCAAAAGUGUGGACCGGAAAAGCAUUGAUGCACCUAGGGCCAGCACUGAUAUCAAGUCAAACGGCAGACCUAGUAUUGACACUGCGCUUUCAAAAGCUGCCAGUAAUGGAGGUCUGGAAACUCCCACAUCGACAAAGGCCAUGGCGCACGGACGUCCUAAAAUUCGCAUCGAAGCCGCAGACUUGACAAAAUACGAAUCUGGUCUUAUUGUCUUCAAGCUCAUCGAUGGGCAACUAUCGCACACCAAUGUCUAUCUUGAAGUUCUCGUUGAUGACCAUAUGUUCCCCUCAUACACAUCGAUGAAGAUCAAGUCUCGAGAGGCAACAUUCCAAGAUGUUGGUGAUGCAUUUAUCCGCGAAUUGGACAUGUCGCAGAUCACCCUUCGACUUGUGGAGAAAUCCAGCGACAAGGAUGAAAAGCACGUUAUUGCCAAGUUGACCGGCGAUACAUUGUCUACUUUGCAACGAUGCCUCUACACCCCAACUGAACUCCAGCUUCGCGCGGAAAAUGGCGCGAUUAGCAAGAUUAAAGUUAGCCUCCGAUUCAUUCCUGUUAUGAUGAAGCUGGACCCUCGUGAAUCAAUCAACAACUCAGGUGAACUGCGUGUCGAUGUGCUCGACGCUGCAGACCUUCCAUCUGCCGAUCGUAACGGAUACAGCGAUCCAUACUGCAAGUUUAAACUCGAUGGGAAGGACGUGUACAAGACCAAGGUCCAGAAGAAGACACUUCAUCCUGCAUGGAAUGAAUUCUUUGAGACAUCUAUCAAGUCCAGGAUUGGUGCUAACUUCCGAGUGGAUGUCUGGGACUGGGACUUUGGAGACAAAGCGGACUUUUUGGGCGGAGCUGAUAUUAAUCUCGAGAUGCUAGAACCGUUCCACUCACAGGAGGUUACCCUUGACCUAGACGGAAAGUCGGGGGCCAUACGUCUUAAGCUCCUCUUCAAGCCGUCCUAUGUCACAAGAACGCGCCAAGGCCAAUCCACAAUGUCUGGUACUUUUGCUGUCCCCGGUAAGAUUGUUGGUGCUCCUGUCAAAGGAGUAGGCUUGGUUGGCGGUGGAGUUGUCAAGGGUGCAUCCUUCCUCGGCCGUGGUUUGAAGAAUCGAUUCACUCAUAAGGACAGCGAGUCGAACGGAACUUCAACUCCUAUACGCGAAGAGUCUCCACCACAAACACCUAACAAGCCGACCGAGCAGCAGGGUGGGGGUCUUGCACGUGCUCCAGGCUUGGUUGUCGAGCCUAGCUCCCCGAGUUCUUCAGUCGAUACGCCAGGGCCAUUAAACCGUCGCCACAGCCGUACUAAAAGCGUCAAAUCCCUUCUUGGAGAGAAAGGUACUCCAGGAUCAAUUGGAGCUGAGACAGGGUCAGCCAUGUUCACUAUCGUCUCGGCCAGUGGAUUCCCGCCAUCAGCUAAUGUGCGCUGCCAUGUCCGCCUCUUGGGUGCCAAGGGUACUAAGGAAGUGCACAAGACAAAGGCAGUCAAGAGCUCGGACGGCUCUGUUCAGUUCGACGCAUCUCACGAGACUUUCAAAGUUCCCCACGUCCCAGCAGACGCUCAAUAUCAGCUGAAAGUGGUUGACCACAGCACAUUCGGUUCUGACGCCGGCCUUGGUGAGGCGCUGUUCUUUGUUGACGACCAAGGCACAGCAAUGAGCAAGGAGAAAACUGUCACGGUUGGAACUGGCAGCGUGGUCAUUAAGAGUAGUUUUGCGCCAAGCGAUCUUUCCAACGGCCGACCCAGCACGUCCCAUUCUGUGAACCUUGAUCCAGCGGAUGCUAAUGGCGAGACUCCCGACAAAAAGCGGCGGAGCUUCUUGUCGAAGCGCAGUGUUAGUGGUGCAUAAAAUAUCAGCGAUACCUGUCCUUUUCGUUUGCCGAUCAAAAUCGCGAGUAAUUAUUUGUUUAAUUGUUUGAUUCUGUUGUUUACCGUUAUGAUAUCCUGCUUUUUGUUUAUUCGUUUGGCAUUCUUACUGUUUAUAAUGUGCUGUUGGCUGAUGUCUGUAGCAUCCUUUUGAAAAUGAGAUUUUAUCUUGCAGAUGAGAUACAAUCGAUUAUUCACUAUCUC